UUGUCCCACGCAGUAUUCUGAUUUCUGAAGAUAAAAUAAGGGGCUACUUUCGUAAAUUGACAAAUCAGCCAUCAUCAAAUUGAAUCUGAGAUAAUCAGGCUUCGUAUCGUUUCUCCGAGCUAAACCGAACCUCCUCCUUUUACAGCAGUUCACAGUUAUUGCUCGUUGUCAUGUCAGAUUAAUAUAAAAAUGGGGGAGAUAAUGACCAGGAAAAGGAACACUAUGAUGAGCUUGAAUUUUAUAACCCUCAUAACCCUACUCAUCUCCGUCCUGUUACAGUUACAUGGAGCUGCAGCGGUUGUUGUACCGAAAUCUAACUGUUACGUGCUUGAUAAUACCAGUCAUGUUUAUGACUUUACUAGCUGGGUUGGUCAUCCUUUUGAAUAUGAUGGGAAGGAUACUGACAUAGUUAUUCGGUUCUGCAAAGAUGUGGAGAGUAGAUCGCAGACGGGAUAUGUUGAUUUUGGUCGCUUCUAUGCUUCCGACGAUUUUGUAGCUGGUUCUGGGGAUUUCAACUUUGUACAAGGAUUCUACAAUGGAGAUCUGACAAAUUGUGAAACGAGCUUUGAUAAGAUGGGCCGCACAGCUCAGGUAAAUAUCAGAUGUGGAAAUUGUUUGAAUGGAGCAUGUAAAGGUGACCUUGGCUGUGUAUGUGGUGUAUCUUUUGAUUCGUCGUGCAGGGUUAUUGCUGAGCUUGCAAUUCCAUGCAUGAGACAAGGUCCCCGUGUUUUUGCGGGUUUUACUGUUGGUUUCCACCCUCGAUCAUGGGAAGUUGUUUACAAUGGAAUGACUCAGCUGGGUUUCGAAAAGAUUCACCGAGAGUUCAGUUUUGGGACUGAGCAGACACACGUAUCUCUCUAUAUGACUGCUAUUUCCGCUGUUUCAAUAUUGGUGGGGAAACCCAUUAUAAAGGUUAACCCAGACGAAGGCCUUGCGGUUAAAUUGUCAGGUUCAGCUGCAGAUGGGAGCCCACCCACAACACUGUCACCUACCAUGUUGGUUUUGGACUGGAGAUGCGAGAAAUCCCGUGAUACUCCAUAUGAAGUUAACAUCACUAUACCAGUGGAAGGUUAUGAGCCCAUUGACUUCAUUCUUACAAAAAUGUGUGAAAAUAGGCAAGAUAGUCCAGGAAAUGCUACAAGAGGAUGGGCAUUGUUUGGUGUGCUUUCCUGCAUAUUCAUAAUAACGUCAACAGUAUUCUGUUGUGGAGCGUUCAUUUAUAGAACACGUGUUGAACACCUGCGUGGGUUGGAAGCUUUACCAGGCAUGACAAUUCUAUCAGCCUGUUUAGAAGCUGUUAGCGGAGGAGGAGGGUUAACAGGAGGUUACACAAGAGCAGAAGACCCUACCAACACGUUUGCCAAUCAAGUUUCUUGGGAACGGCAGCCUGUUUCUGGUCAAGGAACUCGAAGAACCACAGAAGUGAAAUAUGGUUCGAUCUGAUCAACAAGUUUGGCAUGUAACUGAUGGAAGUCGGCAUCUUCCUCUUUUAUAUUUUUCGCUAGUUUUAGGGUGCGCGUCAACAAUCAUCAAUAGAGCAUUUUUGCAUCUCUGCAGCUUUGGUUACGCGUUGGCUAUGGGUUUGAAGUUAUUAUAUCCAUAUCAUCUAUUAUUCUUAUUGUCUAUAAUACAAAACAGGAUGGGUUUUUAAGCCUUGAACGGCCGGAUAACAUUUUGAAAGACAAACACUGCAUCAUCCCAAUCUCUUCCCAGCCAAAUAUAUCCGACGAUUGCAUUUUUGUAACCUCUUUCAUUAUGAAUUCAAAUUUAUUAACUUUUCAUUAGUGAAUCACCUCAUAACUCAAAAUAUUCAAAGAACUAUUAAAUGAAAUCAUAAUAUUAUGUAUGCA